CUUUCAGGAAGAUGACAGAAUCAGGAGAAAGAUGCUGUUUUGCACUAUCUUGAUUUGUUACAGCAGCCAACUUAUUGGCAUGAUGGAGUGACAGGAAAAAACAGCUGGCAUGGAAGAUGAAAGAGAAGAUGUUCAAAAGAAAACAUUCACAAAAUGGAUAAAUGCACAAUUUUCUAAGUAUGGGAAGCAGCAUAUAGAGAACCUCUUCAGUGACCUGCAGGAUGGGAGACGCCUCCUAGACCUCCUUGAAGGCCUGACAGGACAAAAACUGCCAAAAGAAAAAGGAUCCACAAGAGUUCAUGCCCUGAACAAUGUCAACAAGGCACUGCGGGUCUUGCAAAACAAUAAUGUUGAUUUAGUGAAUAUCGGAAGCACUGACAUAGUAGAUGGAAAUCAUAAACUGACUCUUGGUUUGAUUUGGAAUAUAAUCCUCCACUGGCAGGUCAAAAAUGUAAUGAAAAAUAUCAUGGCUGGAUUGCAACAAACCAACAGUGAAAAGAUUCUCCUGAGCUGGGUCCGACAAUCAACUCGUAAUUAUCCACAGGUUAAUGUCAUCAACUUCACCACCAGCUGGUCUGAUGGCCUGGCUUUGAAUGCUCUCAUCCAUAGUCACAGGCCAGACUUGUUUGAUUGGAAUAGUGUGGUCUGCCAGCAGUCAGCCACACAACGACUGGAACAUGCAUUCAACAUUGCAAAAUAUCAAUUAGGCAUAGAAAAACUACUUGAUCCUGAAGAUGUUGCCACCACUUACCCAGAUAAGAAGUCCAUCUUAAUGUACAUCACAUCACUCUUCCAAGUUUUGCCUCAGCAAGUGAGCAUUGAAGCCAUCCAGGAAGUGGAAAUGUUGCCAAGGCCAUCUAAAGUGACUAAAGAAGAACAUUUUCAAUUACAUCAUCAAAUGCACUAUUCUCAACAGAUCACAGUCAGUCUAGCCCAGGGCUAUGAGCGAACUCCUUCCUCUCCCAAGCCUCGGUUCAAGAGCUAUGCCUACACACAGGCUGCUUAUGUCACCACCUCUGACCCCACACGGAGCCCAUUUCCUUCACAGCAUUUGGAAGCUCCUGAAGACAAGUCAUUUGGCAGUUCAUUGAUGGAGACUGAAGUAAACCUGGACCGUUACCAAACAGCUUUAGAAGAAGUACUCUCAUGGCUUCUUUCUGCUGAGGACACAUUGCAAGCACAAGGAGAGAUUUCUAAUGAUGUAGAAGAAGUGAAGGAACAAUUCCAUACUCAUGAGGGAUACAUGAUGGAUUUGACAGCCCACCAGGGACGGGUUGGCCAUGUUCUACAAUUGGGAAGUCAACUGAUUGGAACAGGGAAAUUAUCAGAAGAUGAAGAAGCUGAAGUACAAGAACAAAUGAAUCUCCUGAAUUCAAGAUGGGAAUGCCUCAGGGUAGCUAGCAUGGAAAAACAAAGCAAUUUACAUAAAGUUUUAAUGGAUCUUCAGAAUCAGAAGCUAAAAGAAUUAAAUGACUGGCUAACAAAAACAGAAGAGAGAACAAGGAAAAUGGAGGAAGAGCCCCUUGGACCUGAUCUUGAAGACCUAAAACGCCAAAUACAACAACAUAAGGUAUUGGGAGAUCGAUGGGCAAACAUCUGUAGGUGGACAGAAGACCGCUGGGUUCUCUUACAAGACAUCCUUCUCAAAUGGCAACGUUUUACUGAAGAACAGUGCCUUUUUAGUUCGUGGCUUUCAGAAAAAGAAGAUGCAGUGAACAAGAUUCCCACAACUGCCUUUAAGGAUCAAGAUGAAAUGUUAUCAAGUCUUCGAAAACUGGCUGUUUUGAAAGCAGAUCUGGAAAGGAAAAAGCAAAGCAUCGACAAACUCCGUUCACUCAACCAAGAUCUUCUUUCAACACUGAAAAAUAAGUCAGUGACCCAAAAGAUGGAAGCCUGGCUGGAAAACUUUGCAAAGAGUUGGGAUAAUUUAUCCCAAAAGCUUGAAAAGAGUUCAGCACAGAUUUCACAGGCUGUCACCACUACUCAGCCAUCACUAACACAGACAACUGUAAUGGAAACGGUAACUAUGGUGACCACAAGGGAACAAAUCCUGGUAAAGCAUGCUCAAGAGGAACUUCCACCACCACCUCCCCAAAAGAAGAGGCAGAUAACUGUGGAUUCUGAAAUUAGGAAAAGGUUGGAUGUCGAUAUAACUGAACUUCACAGUUGGAUUACUCGCUCAGAAGCUGUGUUGCAGAGUCCUGAAUUUGCAAUCUAUCGAAAGGAAGGCAACUUCUCAGACCUUAAAGAAAAAGUCAAUCAGCUAGUAAACAAGGGUGUUAAUGCUGACAGCAUCAAACAAGCCUCAGAACAACUGAACAGCCGGUGGAUCGAGUUCUGCCAGUUGCUAAGUGAGAGACUUAACUGGCUGGAGUAUCAGAACAACAUCAUCACUUUCUAUAAUCAGCUACAACAAUUGGAGCAGAUGACAACUACUGCUGAAAACUGGUUGAAAAUCCAACCCACCACCACAUCAGAGCCAACAGCAAUUAAAAGUCAGUUAAAAAUUUGUAAGGAUGAAGUCAACCGGCUGUCAGUUCUUCAACCUCAAAUCGAACGAUUAAAAAUUCAAAGCACAGCCCUGAAAGAGAAAGGACAAGGGCCCAUGUUCCUGGAUGCAGACUUUGUGGCCUUUACAAAUCAUUUUAACCAAGUUUUUUCUGAUGUGCAGGCCAGAGAGAAAGAGUUACAGACAAUUUUUGACGCGUUGCCACCCAUGCGCUAUCAGGAGACAAUGAGUACUAUCCGGACGUGGAUCCAGCAGUCAGAAACCAAACUUUCUAGACCUCAGCUUAGUGUCACUGACUAUGAAAUCAUGGAGCAGAGACUUGGCGAGUUGCAGGCUUUACAAAGUUCUCUGCAAGAACAAGAAAGUGGACUAAACUAUCUCAGCACCACUGUGAAAGAGAUAUCAAAGAAAGCUCCCUCUGAACUUAGCCAGAAAUAUCAAUCAGAAUUUGAAGAGAUCGAAGGACGCUGGAAGAAGCUCUCCUCUCAGCUGAUCGAACACUGUCAAAAGCUAGAGGAGCAAAUGAAUAAACUUCGAAAAAUUCAGAAUCACAUAAAAACCUUGAAGAAAUGGAUGGCCGAAGUUGAUGUUUUCCUGAAGGAAGAAUGGCCUGCCCUUGGGGAUUCAGAAAUUCUGAAAAAACAGCUGAAACAGUGCAGGCUUUUAGUCAAUGAUAUUCAGACAAUUCAGCCCAGUCUAAACAGUGUCAAUGAAGGUGGGCAGAAGAUAAAGAAUGAAGCAGAGCCAGAGUUUGCUUCCAGACUUGAAACAGAACUCAGAGAACUUAAUAUUCAGUGGGAUCACAUAUGCCGACAGGUCUAUGCCAGAAAGGAAGCCUUAAAGGCAGGUUUGGAUAAAACUGUAAGUCUUCAGAAAGAUCUAUCAGAGAUGCAUGAAUGGAUGACGCAAGCUGAAGAAGAAUAUCUUGAGAGAGAUUUUGAAUAUAAAACUCCAGAUGAAUUACAGAAAGCAGUUGAAGAGAUGAAGGAAGUUUGGGCAUGUUGGCAUGAAUUACUGUCAUACUUGGAGAAGGCAAACAAGUGGCUAAAUGAAGUAGAAAUCAAACUUAAAACCACUGAAAAUGUUCCUGCUGGAGCUGAGGAAAUCUCUGAGGUGCUAGAUUCACUUGAAAAUUUGAUGCAACAUUCAGAGGAUAACCCAAAUCAGAUUCGAAUACUGGCACAGACCCUAACAGAUGGCGGAGUCAUGGAUGAACUGAUCAAUGAGGAACUUGAGACGUUUAAUUCUCGUUGGAGGGAACUACAUGAAGAGGCCGUGAGGAGGCAAAAGUUGCUUGAACAGAGUAUCCAGUCUGCCCAGGAGAUGGAAAAAUCCUUACACUUAAUUCAGGAGUCCCUCACAUUCAUUGACAAGCAGUUGGCAGCUUACAUUGCCGACAAAGUGGACGCAGCUCAAAUGCCUCAGGAAGCCCAGAAAAUCCAAUCGGAUUUGACAAGUCAUGAGAUCAGUUUAGAAGAAAUGAAGAAACACAACCAGGGGAAGGAGGCUGCCCAAAGGGUCCUAUCCCAAAUUGAUGUUGCACAGAAAAAAUUGCAAGAUGUCUCCAUGAAGUUUCGAUUAUUCCAGAAACCGGCUAAUUUUGAGCAGCGACUACAAGAAAGUAAGAUGAUUUUAGACGAAGUGAAGAUGCACUUGCCUGCGUUGGAAACCAAAAGUGUUGAACAGGAAGUAGUACAGUCACAAUUAAAUCAUUGUGUGAACUUGUAUAAAAGUCUGAGUGAAGUGAAGUCUGAAGUGGAAAUGGUGAUAAAAACUGGACGUCAGAUUGUACAGAAAAAACAGACGGAAAAUCCCAAAGAGCUUGAUGAAAGAGUAACAGCUUUGAAAUUGCAUUAUAAUGAGCUGGGAGCGAAGGUAACAGAAAGGAAGCAACAGUUGGAGAAAUGCUUGAAAUUGUCCCGUAAGAUGCGAAAGGAAAUGAAUGCGUUGACAGAAUGGCUGGCAGCUACAGAUAUGGAAUUGACAAAGAGAUCAGCAGUUGAAGGAAUGCCUAGUAAUUUGGAUUCUGAAGUCGCCUGGGGAAAGGCUACUCAGAAAGAGAUUGAGAAACAGAAGGUUCACCUGAAGAGUGUCACAGAGCUAGGGGAGGCCUUAAAAACGGUUCUGGGCAAGAAGGAGACCUUGGUGGAAGAUAAACUCAGUCUUCUGAAUAGUAACUGGAUAGCUGUCACUUCCCGAGCAGAAGAGUGGUUAAACCUUUUGUUGGAAUACCAGAAACAUAUGGAAACCUUUGAUCAGAAUGUGAAUCACAUCACAAAGUGGAUCAUUCAGGCUGAUACACUUUUGGAUGAAUGUGAAAAAAAGAAACCUCAGCAAAAAGAAGAUGUUCUUAAGCGUUUAAAGGCCGAACUGAAUGACAUACGCCCAAAGGUGGAUUCUACACGUGACCAAGCAGCCAACUUGAUGGCAAACCGUGGAGAACACUGCAGGAAAGUAGUAGAGCCCCAAAUCUCAGAGCUCAACCAUCAAUUUGCAGCCAUUUCUCACAGAAUUAAGACUGGAAAGGCCUCCAUUCCUUUGAAGGAAUUGGAGCAGUUUAACUCAGAUAUACAAAAAUUGCUUGAACCACUGGAGGCUGAAAUUCAGCAGGGGGUGAAUCUGAAAGAGGAAGACUUCAAUAAAGAUAUGAAUGAAGACAAUGAGGGUACUGUAAAAGAAUUGUUGCAAAGAGGAGACAACUUACAACAAAGAAUCACAGAUGAGAGAAAGCGAGAGGAAAUAAAGAUAAAACAGCAGCUGUUACAGACAAAACAUAAUGCUCUCAAGGAUUUGAGGUCUCAAAGAAGAAAAAAGGCUCUAGAAAUUUCUCAUCAGUGGUAUCAGUACAAGAGGCAGGCUGAUGAUCUCCUGAAAUGCUUGGAUGACAUUGAAAAAAAAUUAGCCAGCCUACCUGAACCCAGAGAUGAAAGGAAAAUAAAGGAAAUUGAUCGUGAAUUGCAGAAGAAGAAAGAGGAGCUGAAUGCAGUGCGUAGGCAAGCUGAGGGCUUGUCUGAUGAUGGGGCCGCAAUGGCAGUGGAGCCAACUCAGAUCCAGCUCAGCAAGCGCUGGCGGGAAAUUGAGAGCAAAUUUGCUCAGUUUCGAAGACUCAACUUUGCACAAAUUCACACUGUUCGUGAAGAAACGAUGGUAGCAAUGACUGAAGACAUGCCUUUGGAAAUUUCUUAUGUGCCUUCUACUUACCUGACUGAGAUCACUCAUGUCUCACAAGCUCUAUCAGAAGUGGAACAACUUCUCAAUGCUCCUGACCUCUGUGCUAAAGAUUUUGAAGAUCUUUUUAAACAAGAGGAGUCGCUGAAGAAUAUAAAAGACAAUCUGCAACAAAUCUCAGGUCGGAUUGACGUUAUUCACAACAAGAAGACAGGAGCAUUGCAAAGUGCCACACCUGUGGAAAGGGCGAAGUUACAAGAAGCUCUCUCACAGCUUGAUUUCCAAUGGGAUAAAGUUAACAAAAUGUACAAGGACCGACAAGGCUGCUUACAUAAGUACUGUUUUCGCUGUAUACGGGAGUGGUCAAAAAUCAAAGCUGAGUGUCCACUAUAUAAGCAGCCCUUUGAUUCUAUUUUGCAUUCUGUGAGGGCAGAUGAUGGCUUCAAAGAGUAUGUCAUAAGGGCUUCAUAUGAUGGUUCUGCUGUUCGACAAUGUCGCUCCCACACAACUGUGACAAGGGAACGAAAUGUUUCUGUACCUAGUGGUACCGCGAACAGAAGAACAACUGCACCAGAUACUGGAGUUCUAUUUGAAAUGUUAGACAAUUCAACAAGAGCCUUUGACCAACACGCUAAUUAUGAUUACCCUGUGCCUUCAAAUGAAGAAGGCAGCCGUUCUGAUUCUUCAGUCAUAACAAUAUCUUCACAUGAGUAUGAGACCCAAGAGCCAGAUAUUGAUGUAGCCACUGUUAGUCAGGCACCAUGGGGUGAUGAAACACCGGGACAAUUUUACACAAGCUCAGAGCAGGAACUCCAGGAUGGCAUCAGGCAGCGGCAAACAGUUGUCAGAACAUUGAAUACAACUGGGGAAGAAAUAAUUCAGCAGUCCUCAAAAACAGAUGCCAAUAUUCUACAGGAAAAAUUGGGAAGCCUGAAUCUGAGGUGGCAGGAGGUCUGCAAACAGCUGGCAGAAAGAAAAAAGAGGCUAGAAGAACAAAAGAAUAUCUUGUCAGAAUUUCAAAGAGAUUUAAAUGAAUUUGUUUUAUGGUUGGAAGAAGCAGCUAACAUUACUAGUAUUCCACUUGAACCUGGAAAUGAGCAACAGCUAAAAGAAAAGCUUGAACAAGUCAAGUUACUGGUGGAAGAGUUGCCCCUGCGCCAGGGAAUUCUAAAACAAUUAAAUGAAACCGGAGGAACAGCACUUGUAAGUGCUCCCAUAAGCCCAGAAGAGCAGGAUAAACUUCAAAAUAAGCUCAAGUACACAAAUCUCCAGUGGAUAAAGGUUUCUAGGGCUUUACCUGAGAAACAAGUAGAAAUUGAAGCUCACAUAAAAGACCUUGGGCAGCUUGAGAAAAAGCUUGAAGACCUUGAAGAGCAGUUAAAUCAUCUGCUUCUGUGGCUGUCUCCUAUUAGGAAUCAGUUGGAAAUUUACAAUCAACCAAAUCAAACAGGACCAUUUGACAUUAAGGAAACUGAAGCAGCAGUUCAAGCUAAACAACCGGAUGUGGAAGGGAUUUUGUCUAAAGGGCAGCAUUUGUACAAGGAAACACCAGCCACUCAGCCAGUGAAGAGGAAGUUAGAAGAUCUGAGCUCUGAGUGGAAGGCGGUAAACCAUUUACUUCAAGAGCUGAGGGCAAAGCAGCCUGACCUAGCUCCUGGACUGCCCACUGUUGGAGCCUCUCCUAGUCAGACUGUUACUCUGGUGACACAACCUGUGGUUACCAAGGAAACUGCCAUCUCCAAACUAGAAAUGCCAUCUUCCUUGCUGUUGGAGGUACCGGCUCUGGCAGAUUUCAACCGGGCUUGGAUAGACCUUACCGACUGGCUUUCUCUGCUUGAUGGAGUCAUAAAAUCACAGAGGGUGAUGGUGGGUGACCUUGAAGAUAUCAACGAGAUGAUCAUCAAGCAGAAGGCAACGCUGCAGGAUUUGGAACAGAGGCGCCCCCAGUUGGAAGAACUUAUUACUGCUGCCCAGAAUUUGAAAAACAAAACCAGCAAUCAAGAGGCUAGAACAAUCAUUACGGAUAGAAUUGAAAUAAUUCAAAAUCAGUGGGAUGAAGUACAGGAAUACCUUCAGAACCGGAGGCAACAGUUGAAUGAAAUGUUAAAGGAUUCAACACAAUGGCUGGAAGCUAAGGAAGAAGCUGAACAGGUCUUAGGACAGGCCAGAGCCAAGCUUGAGUCAUGGAAGGAGGGUCCCUACAAAAUGGAUGCAGUCCAAGAGAAAAUCACAGAAACCAAGCAGUUGGCCAAAGACCUCCGCCAGUGGCAGAUAAAUAUAGAUGUGGCAAAUGACUUGGCCCAGAAACUUCUCCGGGAUUAUUCUGCAGAUGAUACCAGAAAAGUAAACAUGAUAACAGAGAACAUCAAUGCCUCUUGGGGAAGCAUCCGUAAAAGAGUGAAUGAGCGAGAGGCUGCUUUGGAAGAAACUCAUAGAUUACUGCAACAGUUCCCCCUGGACCUGGAAAAGUUUCUUGCCUGGCUUACAGAAGCUGAAACAACUGCCAAUGUCCUACAGGAUGCUACCCAUAAGGAGAGACUCCUAGAAGACUCCAAGGGAGUACGAGAGCUGAUGAAACAAUGGAAAGACCUUCAAGGAGAAAUCGAAGCUCACACGGAUAUCUAUCACAACCUGGAUGAAAAUGGCCAAAAAAUCCUGAGAUCUCUAGAAGGUUCUGAUGAUGCAGUCCUGUUACAAAGACGUUUGGACAACAUGAACUUCAAGUGGAGUGAGCUUCGGAAGAAGUCUCUCAACAUUAGGUCCCAUUUGGAAGCCAGUUCUGACCAGUGGAAGCGUCUGCACCUUUCUCUUCAGGAGCUUCUAGUGUGGCUACAGCUGAAAGAUGAUGAAUUAAGCCGGCAGGCACCUAUUGGAGGAGAUUUUCCAGCAGUUCAGAAGCAGAAUGAUGUACACAGGGCCUUCAGGAGGGAAUUGAAAACUAAAGAACCUGUAAUCAUGAGUACUCUUGAGACUGUACGGAUAUUUCUGACAGAGCAGCCUUUGGAAGGACUAGAGAAACUCUACCAGGAGCCCAGAGAGCUGCCUCCUGAGGAGAGAGCCCAGAAUGUCACCCGGCUCCUACGAAAGCAGGCUGAGGAGGUCAAUACUGAGUGGGAAAAAUUGAACCUGCACUCAGCUGACUGGCAGAGAAAAAUAGAUGAGGCUCUUGGAAGACUUCAGGAACUUCAAGAGGCAACAGAUGAGCUGGACCUCAAGCUGCGCCAAGCUGAGGUGAUCAAGGGAUCCUGGCAGCCCGUGGGUGAUCUCCUCAUUGACUCUCUCCAAGAUCACCUCGAAAAAGUCAAGGCACUUCGAGGAGAAAUUGCGCCUCUUAAAGAGAAGGUAGGCCACGUCAAUGACCUUGCUCGCCAACUCACUACGUUGGGCAUUCAGCUCUCACCAUAUAACCUCACCACUUUGGAAGAUCUGAACACCAGGUGGAAGCUUCUGCAGGUGGCUGUCGAAGACCGUGUCAGGCAGCUGCAUGAAGCCCACAGGGACUUUGGCCCAGCGUCCCAGCAUUUCCUUUCCACUUCUGUCCAGGGUCCCUGGGAGAGAGCCAUCUCGCCAAACAAAGUGCCCUACUAUAUCAACCACGAGACCCAAACAACUUGCUGGGACCAUCCCAAAAUGACAGAGCUCUACCAGUCUUUAGCUGACCUGAAUAAUGUCAGGUUCUCAGCUUAUAGGACUGCCAUGAAACUCCGAAGACUGCAGAAGGCCCUUUGCUUGGAUCUCCUGAGCCUGUCAGCUGCAUGCGAUGCCUUGGACCAGCACAACCUCAAGCAAAAUGACCAGCCCAUGGAUAUCCUGCAGAUCAUUAAUUGUUUGACCACUGUUUAUGAUCGCCUAGAGCAAGAGCACAACAAUUUGGUCAACGUCCCUCUCUGCGUGGAUAUGUGUCUCAACUGGCUGCUGAAUGUUUAUGAUACGGGACGAACAGGAAGGAUCCGUGUCCUAUCUUUUAAAACUGGCAUCAUUUCUCUGUGUAAAGCACAUUUGGAAGAUAAGUACAGAUACCUUUUCAAGCAAGUGGCAAGUUCAACAGGAUUUUGUGACCAGCGCAGGCUGGGCCUUCUUCUGCAUGAUUCUAUUCAAAUCCCAAGACAGUUGGGUGAAGUUGCAUCCUUUGGGGGCAGUAACAUUGAGCCGAGCGUCAGGAGCUGCUUCCAAUUUGCUAAUAAUAAGCCCGAGAUUGAAGCGGCCCUCUUCCUAGACUGGAUGAGACUGGAGCCCCAGUCCAUGGUGUGGCUGCCCGUCCUGCAUAGAGUGGCUGCUGCAGAAACUGCCAAGCAUCAGGCCAAGUGUAACAUCUGCAAGGAGUGCCCAAUCAUUGGAUUCAGGUACAGAAGUCUGAAGCACUUUAAUUAUGACAUCUGCCAAAGCUGCUUCUUUUCUGGUCGAGUUGCGAAAGGUCAUAAAAUGCACUAUCCCAUGGUGGAAUAUUGCACUCCGACUACAUCAGGAGAAGACGUUCGAGACUUUGCCAAGGUACUAAAAAACAAAUUUCGAACCAAAAGGUAUUUUGCGAAGCAUCCCCGAAUGGGCUACCUGCCAGUGCAGACUGUCUUAGAGGGGGACAACAUGGAAACUCCCGUUACUCUGAUCAACUUCUGGCCGGUAGAUUCUGCGCCUGCCUCGUCCCCUCAGCUUUCACACGAUGAUACUCAUUCACGCAUUGAGCAUUAUGCUAGCAGGCUAGCAGAAAUGGAAAACAGCAAUGGAUCUUAUCUAAAUGAUAGCAUCUCUCCUAAUGAGAGCAUAGAUGAUGAACAUUUGUUAAUCCAGCAUUACUGCCAAAGUUUGAACCAGGACUCCCCCCUGAGCCAGCCUCGUAGUCCUGCCCAGAUCUUGAUUUCCUUAGAGAGUGAGGAAAGAGGGGAGCUAGAGAGAAUCCUAGCAGAUCUUGAGGAAGAAAACAGGAAUCUGCAAGCAGAAUAUGAUCGUCUAAAGCAGCAGCAUGAACAUAAAGGCCUGUCCCCACUGCCGUCCCCUCCUGAAAUGAUGCCCACCUCUCCCCAGAGUCCUCGGGAUGCUGAGCUCAUUGCAGAGGCCAAGCUACUGCGUCAACACAAAGGCCGCCUGGAAGCCAGGAUGCAAAUCCUGGAAGACCACAAUAAACAGCUGGAGUCACAGUUACACAGGCUAAGACAGCUGCUGGAGCAACCCCAGGCAGAAGCCAAGGUGAAUGGUACAACGGUGUCCUCUCCUUCUACCUCUCUACAGAGGUCAGACAGCAGUCAGCCCAUGCUGCUCCGCGUGGUUGGCAGUCAAACUUCAGAAUCCAUGGGCGAGGAAGAUCUUCUCAGUCCUCCUCAAGACACAAGCACAGGGUUAGAGGAAGUGAUGGAGCAACUCAACAACUCCUUCCCUAGUUCGAGAGGAAGAAAUACCCCUGGAAAGCCAAUGAGAGAGGACACAAUGUAGGAAGCCUUUUCCACAUGGCAGAUGAUUUGGGCAGAGCGAUGGAGUCCUUAGUUUCAGUCAUGACAGAUGAAGAAGGAGCAGAAUAAAUGUUUUACAACUCCUGAUUCCCGCAUGGUUUUUAUAAUAUUCAUACAACAAAGAGGAUUAGACAGUAAGAGUUUACAAGAAAUAAAAUCUAUAUUUUUGUGAAGGGUAGUGGUACUAUACUGUAGAUUUCAGUAGUUUCUAAGUCUGUUAUUGUUUUGUUAACAAUGGCAGGUUUUACACGUCUAUGCAAUUGUACAAAAAAAGUUGUAAGAAAACUACAUGUAAAAUCUUGAUAGCUAAAUAACUUGCCAUUUCUUUAUAUGGAACGCAUUUUGGGUUGUUUAAAAAUUUAUAACAGUUAUAAAGAAAGAUUGUAAACUAAAGUGUGCUUUAUAAAAAAAAGUUGUUUAUAAAAACCCCUAAAAACAAACACAUGCACACACACACAAACACACACAAACACAAACUUUGAGGCAGCGCAUUGUUUUGCAUCCUUUUAGCGUGAUAUCCAUAUGAAAUUCAUGGCUUU